UCCUUCAUUCCUCUUCUCAUUACUACUUCAUUUAAAGAGCAUUUAUUUGUUCGUUCUUUUGGUUCCUCUGCCUCUCUUGUGCAUUUAAAUCUCCAGCCAUUUUUUGUUUCCCAAUUCCUUGCAGAAUUCAUCAAAGAUAAAAGAAGAGUGAAUUAGUCUCGCUGAGUUUGCUGCUCCUGCUCCUGCUCCUGCUCCUGUGCCGCUGCUCCAAUGGAGAGUACCGCCACCCCCUUUUUUCUUAGAGAUGUGGACAUGGCUUCUGAUUACUGGGAACCAUUAAUCCCAUUCCUCAGCACCACCACCACCAAUAGCAACAACAGCAACCAGAUUAGCUAUGAGAGUCAUCUCAUUUCCAGCCACCACAUUCCUUUCCUGGAGCUUCUCCAGUGUGCAAUACAACAAAAAGAAGAGCUUGAUGAUCAAGAACAGCACCAGCCACUAGAGAGCUGCAUCACCAACACCACCACCCCCUCCGCCUCAAGAAAGAAGCGCAAGCGCUCACGCCCAACAACAUGCUGUAAAAGCCCCGAAGAAGUUGAAAGCCAACGCAUGACUCACAUCGCCGUAGAACGCAACCGACGCCGCCUCAUGAACCACCACCUUGCCUCUCUCCGUUCCCUGAUGCCUUCUUCCUACGUCCAACGUGGUGAUCAAGCUUCAGUUGUGGGAGGGGCCAUUGAUCUAGUGAAGGAGCUAGAGCAGCUGCUACUCUCCUUGCAAUCAGAAAAACGCUUAAGAGAAGAAGCACUAGAGAGCUUCUUCAUCUCUCCACAGUACACAAGCUUCUCCAAUGGUGGGAAUGGUGCUGCAGGGGUGGACGUAGAGGCCACAGUGGUACAGGGCCAUGUUAAUCUGAAAGUAGUCAGUGCACGUAGACCUGGCCAACUGGUGAAGGUUGUAGCAGCACUGGAAGAGUUAUGUCUUACUGUGCUCCACCUCAACGUCACCUCCAUGGAUUCAUCUUCAGUGCUCUACUCUCUCAACCUCAAGAUGGAAGAGGAGUGCAGGUUGGGGUCAGCUGAUGAGAUUGCAACAGCAGUGUACCAGUUGUUUUGCUGCAUCAAUGGCAGCUGAACAAGGUGGGUGGUGUGGCUGACUCUUGGAGAGAGAGAGAGAGAGAGAGAGAGAGAGAGAGAGAGAGAGUUUGUUUGGUUGUGUUUGACAUUGUUGGGAUGGUGAAAAGGUGGAGCAGUGGAGAGAGAAAGAUAGAGUCAAAGUGGGGGUAAAGGGUAAGAGGGAGGGUUGAAUGGGUGGUGGUCCAGGAAUACUGGUGAAGGUGGCAGGAGAUGCAGGAGCAGCUUUCCUUUUGGUUUUGUUGUACUGGUCCUCUUGGUUUUUAAUUAGCUCUGCUUUUUGGGAGCUUCUUGGCUCUCUCACUCACUAGUUUUUGUUUUCUUUCUUUCUUUCUUUUUUUCCUUCUUUUUUUAACUUUUCACUUUUCACUUUUCAACGCUUCCGCCUCUUGUAAAUUCCUACAACUAGUCUUUCUUUUUUUGU